CUAGCUUUCAUUUGGUCCGUUGGGUGUUACAGCAGAACAUUCCAGAUUCACAGUUUUUCAGAAGGUAUUUCUCAUUGUUUUGUACAGUACAACCCGACUGUGAGCUACACUUUGAUAUUAUGAUUGUUAGAUUAAUAAUCCACAACACAAAACGCGUACAAGGAGUCAAGUGUACAACGGGUUUGUGGUGUUAGUAAAUAGUAACCUACACACACAGUGCAUCGGAUAGGUGUAUUUAUCCGAUUCCAUUUACCAAAUACACGUUUGGCAGUUUACAUGGCAAAUCUGGUGUUUCAACKAUGAGAAUAAAGAUUGGCAGCUAAUGAGAGAAUAUAACAUUGGGCAAAGAAAUACGACUUCCUCUGACGUCUGUCCCCCAUCCCUCCCUUCGUUAGUGAGCAUCUGCACUGCUAACUUGAAAACCCAUUUUUGCUCCUGCACUCUGGAACAGUUUGAAGCUUCUUCUGUUCUGCCUGGUUGUGGCUGCGAGUGAAUAUGGCAAGUGAACGUCAAGAUGUGGACAAAGAGUUUGAAGAGUGGAAAGAAGAACAUGGGAAGAAGUACAAAUCUAAGGAGGAGGAAGCGAAGCGCAAGAAGAUCUGGCUCGAGUCUAGGACCAGAGUCAUAGAACACAACAAGAAAUAUGACAGUGGAGAGUCAACCUACCAUUGUGGCAUGAACCACAUGUCUGACUUGGAAAUGCAUGAGGUCUGCGGUGGUGGCAUGAGGAGCUGUCGGGAAGAGAAGAAUGAUAGUUAGAUCUCAAAGUUUCUGUCUUCCAGCUUUCUGACAUAGAAACAACACGAGGUCUGAUGGCUGCAUGAUGAAUACGAAGGUCCAAAUGCUUGUUUUUACAACAAGACGACAUUGUAAUAUGAAGGAAAUAUACACAAAAUAAGAAAGAAAUAGUUUACCAAACCUUUGAACUUUACACAUUUAAUUUACAGUAAAUAAAGUUGAAAGGCAGCUUUA